GCUGAAGCAAAGGGAACAGCAAACACAAAGGCCCUGAGGCCAGCAGGUGCUGGAUGUGUUUGGAGGAAUGGAAAGAGGCCAGGGUGUAUCAAAGGGAAUGAGGGAGGGGGAAAACAGAAGGAAAUGGAGUUAGAGAGGUAACAGUGGGCCGAAGGGACCUUGUGGCCAAGGUAAGGAGUUUGGGUGUUACUCUAAGUGUGACAGAAAGUCAUUGGUUUGGCGUCUCACAUUCCUCUGCUCACUUUAACAGCCUUGCUGACCCCCCAGUGCCUGAAAACAGCAAUCCCUUUCCUAGCUCCGUGUCUUUGCUCACGCCACUCCCACCCCUUGGAAUAUUCUCCCCUCCCUUUGCAUUCCUGGCCCCUUGCCUUUCAGGUUUCACUCCAACAUCACCACCUCAGGCCCUUUCAGGCCACCGUUUCUAAGUUAUGUGCUGCCUGUUCACUUACUCAUCCAACAAAUAUUUCUCGAGUACCUGCUGUGUGCCAAACUCUGUUCUAGGCGCUGGGAAUACAGCAAUCAAAACAAAACACCAGACAAGCCUUGCCCUCCUGGGGUUAACAGUCUCAUCAGGAGGGAGACAGUAAAUAAGAUCAGGCAGUAAGUGCUAAGGAGAGAGUAAGGUACAAAGAAUGGUGAUGGGAAAUUCUCAGGAUAGCCUUUUUCACAAGGAAGGUAGCAUCUGAGUAAAUACCUUAAAUGAGGGAUCUCUGGGAGAGGAGAAUUUCAGGCAAGGGAAACAGCCAGCGCAAAGGCCCUGAGGUAGAAGUGUGCCUGGUCUGCGUGAGAAUGAGCCAGGGUGCUGGUGUGGCAGGAGACAGCCGAGUUGGGGAGAAGGUUGGGAGAUGAACUCAAAGGUGUGUGGGGUUGGGUGGAAGGGUAAUAAAGGACCUUGUGGGCUUUCCAGUUGAGGGAGAUGGGAACCACAAUAGAGUUCUGAAGGGAGGCAGAGUGCGAUCUGACUUGGGUGUGCACAGGAUCCCUUCUGGCUGCUUGGCGUGAGGGGGAACAAACCGAGGAGGAUGGGAAGCAGGGAGCAGUGAGGAGGUCUCUGCACUAGUCCAGGCCCAUCGCUGGUCAUUUGUCUUAGUUUUGAAACAAUCCUUACUUUAUAGCUGAGGAAAGGGAGCCUAGGAGGGGCUGGUUCCGAUCGUGCAGUAAGUAGCAGGAAGAGGAUUUGACUCCAGCUGCCUGACUUUAGGUUCGGAGGGGCCAGAGCCAACCUGCAUAGCAUUCGCCAUCACCUCUGCACCUGCCCGGGAGAGGCUAGCUCAGCGCGCAUGCGUAGUCCCGACGCCGCGUCCCCCGACCCUCCGAGCGCCCCAGGCCCCGACAGGAUCCCCGAGGACACAAGUGUGUCUCCAGGACGCCAGGAGAGGCCCCCUGGGCCGUGCGCGCCACCGGGGCUGGCGGAGGCGCUGAGCGCUCUGGGGCUGGAGGGAGAGCGCGAGUACGCCGGGGACAUCUUCGCUGAAGUCAUGGUGUGCCGUUCUCUGCCGCGGAAGGCCCUGCCCCGGACCGUGACCCCAGAGAUGCGCGCGCUAGUGGUGGACUGGCUGAUCCAGGUGCACGAAUACCUGGGCCUGGCGGGGGACACGCUCUACCUGGCGGUGCACCUGCUCGAUUCCUACCUGCGCGCCGGCCGAGUGCGCCUACACCGCCUGCAGCUGCUGGGGGUGGCCUGCCUGUUCGUGGCGUGCAAAAUGGAAGAGUGCGUGCUUCCCGAGUCGGCCUCCCUCUGCCUCCUGGGCGCUGGCUCCUUCUCACGGGCCGAGCUUCUGCGUGCCGAGCGGCGCAUCCUGAGCCGCUUGGAUUUCCGGUUGCACCACCCGGGCCCGCUACUUUGCCUUGGGCUACUGGCUGCGCUGGCCGGGAGCAGCCCCCAGGUGAUGCUACUUGCCACCUACUUUCUGGAACUGUCUCUGCUGGAGGCCGAGGCUGCAGGAUGGGAGCCCGGUCGGCGCGCAGCUGCGGCGCUGAGCCUGGCGCACCGCUUGCUCGAAGGGGCGGGCUCCAGCCUCGAGCCCUCGCUUUACAGCCCCGCAGAGCUGCGCCCGCUCGAGCCGUGCAUGGCCCGCGCCGCGCUCCGAGGCCCCGCUCCCGGCCGUGCCGCCAUCUUUCUCAAGUACGCGCGGCCCCAGCGCCAGGGCACCAGCCUCGCCGCCGCCCGCCUGCUCCGCCGCCCCCAGCCCGAGUCUCCCUGAGCUCGGGGACCCCAGCAAAAAAGACUGUCCGUGUGUAUCCGUUUUCCACGUCAAUAAAGGAGGUGUGUGGGUUUUUGUUUUGUUUUAA